AUGGACGACGAGGAGCGGCAGCGGAAGCUUGCCGAGGGCAAGGCCAAGUUUGCUGCCAUGCGCGCUCGCAAGGGCAAGGGAAGCGGGCGGAAGAAGCGCUACCGAGAGUGCAGCGGAUGCGUCGGGGUGGUCGUUCCGGGAGAGAUCGGGGUCGAGGCACGGAUGGUUAAUGAUGACGUGGUUGAGCUCCGCAAGGUAGCUGACGCGCCGGUCCGGCCGAUCGCGGUCAUCACAAGGACCUCUGGGAGCGAGCCGGGGCUUCGUAAGGUUGUCGACGAGUUGGAGACCGAGCUGGCGUCAAGCCGGAUGGUAGUCGGCCAGCGGGAGGUGCAGAUCAACCAGCUGAAGAACGAGCUGGCGGCAGUGCGCGGCGAGCUGGCGCGUAGCAAGGCCCAAGCUGCUGCUGCGCAGGCCGAGACCAAGCAAGUCAAGGAGCAGGCAGCACAGGCGCUCGGUGAGUCACAGGCCGAGCUAGCACAAGUCCAGGCGCAGACCGGAGGUCAGACUGACGAGCUGCGUGGCAUUCAAACAGCUGCCGAUGCAGCACAGCGCGCGACUGCUGCCGAGCAGGAGGCAGCCGAGAUGAAGGCGAUGAGCAUGGAGAUGGAUCUCAAUGUGCAGUCGCUCAACGCUCAGCUCGCGACGCGCAAGCUCGAGUCGCAGGCACAGUCGCAGCAGCAGCAGGUCGAACUGGAGCAGGCGCGGGCCGAGAGUGCGUCGCUGGAGGCUGAGCUGGAGCAGGCGCGGGCGGAUGCUGCCAGCGGUGGCGAGGCGGCAGCGCAGCUCUCGCAGCUGCGGACCGAGUAUACGUCGCUGCAGACUGAAUUGGAGCAGGCGCGGGCCGAGAGUACGUCGCUGCAGACUGAACUGGAGCAGGCGCGGGCGGAUGCUGCCAGCGGUGGCGAGGCGGCAGCGCAGCUCUCGCAGCUGCGGACCGAGUAUAUGUCGCUGCAGACUGAGCUGGUGCAGGCGCGAGCGGAUGCUGCCAGUGGUGGCGAGGCGGCAGCGCAGCUCUCGCAGCUGCGGACCGAGUAUACGUCGCUGCAGACUGAGCUGGAGCAGGCGCGAGCGGAUGCUGCCAGUGGUGGCGAGGCGGCAGCGCAGCUCUCGCAGCUGCGGACCGAGUAUACGUCGCUGCAGACUGAGCUGGAGCAGGCGCGAGUGGAUGCUGCCAGUGGUGGCGAGGCGGCAGCGCAGCUCUCGCAGCUGCGGACCGAGUAUAUGUCGCUGCAGACUGAGCUGGAGCAGGCGCGGGCGGAUGCUGCCAGCGGUGGCGAGGCGGCAGCGCAGCUCUCGCAGCUGCGGACCGAGUAUACGUCGCUGCAGACUGAAUUGGAGCAGGCGCGGGCCGAGAGUACGUCGCUGCAGACUGAACUGGAGCAGGCGCGGGCGGAUGCUGCCAGCGGUGGCGAGGCGGCAGCGCAGCUCUCGCAGCUGCGGACCGAGUAUACGUCGCUGCAGACUGAGCUGGAGCAGGCGCGGGCGGAUGCUGCCAGUGGUGGCGAGGCGGCAGCGCAGCUCUCGCAGCUGCGGACCGAGUAUACGUCGCUGCAGACUGAAUUGGAGCAGGCGCGGGCCGAGAGUACGUCGCUGCAGACUGCAGCGCAGCUCUCACAGCUGCGGACCGAGUAUAUGUCGCUGCAGACUGAGCUGGAGCAGGCGCGAGCGGAUGCUGCCAGUGGUGGCGAGGCGGCAGCGCAGCUCUCGCAGCUGCGGACCGAGUAUACGUCGCUGCAGACUGAGUUGGAGCAGGCGCGGGCCGAGAGUGCGUCGCUGGAGGCUGAGCUGGAGCAGGCGCGAGCGGAUGCUGCCAGUGGUGGCGAGGCGGCAGCGCAGCUCUCGCAGCUGCAGACCGAGUAUACGUCGCUGCAGACUGAGUUGGAGCAGGCGCGGGCCGAGAGUGCGUCGCUGGAGGCUGAGCUGGAGCAGGCGCGAGCGGAUGCUGCCAGCGGUGGCGAGGCGGCAGCGCAGCUCUCGCAGCUGCAGACCGAGUAUACGUCGCUGCAGACUGAGCUGGAGCAGGCGCGGGCCGAGAGUACGUCGCUGCAGACUGAGCUGGAGCAGGCGCGGGCGGAUGCUGCCAGCGGUGGCGAGGCGGCAGCGCAGCUCUCGCAGCUGCGGACCGAGUAUACGUCGCUGCAGACUGAGCUGGAGCAGGCGCGGGCGGAUGCUGCCAGCGGUGGUGAGGCGGCAGCGCAGCUCUCGCAGCUGCGGACCGAGUAUACGUCGCUGCAGACUGAGCUGGAGCAGGCACGGGCCGACUUGAUCCAGGCUCGCGCUGAUGUUGACAGUGGUACGUCUCGAAUGCAGGCAAUGCAUGCCGAAGCAACUACCAAGCUGGAGACACAAGCCAAGAGCAUGAAGAGCUUGCAAGACAAGCUCAACUUGCAAGAGUCAUCAAUGACUGCAAUGCAAGAAGAGGCUCGCGUCAAGCUUCAGGUACAGGUAACUCGGAUGAAGGAGCUCCAGGCUGAGCUCGAGCAGGCACGGGCCGAGUGUGUGACGCUCGAGACCAAGGCCGCCGCCCAGCAGCAGCAGAUGCAGCAGCUGCAGGCCGAGCUCGAGCAGGCGCACACCGACCAGGCUUCGCUUCAGGCCGAGCUCGAGCAGGCACGGGCUGACGCCGCACUCGGCGGCGAGGCCGCCACGCAGCUGGCGCAGGCACGAGCCGAGUAUGUGACGCUCGAGACCAAGGCCGCCGCCCAGCAGCAGCAGAUGCAGCAGCUGCAGGCCGAGCUCGAGCAGGCGCACACCGACCAGGCUUCGCUUCAGGCCGCGCUCGAGCAGGCACGGGCUGACGCCGCACUCGGCGGUGAGGCCGCCACGCAGCUGGCGCAGGCAAGGGCCGAGUAUGUGACGCUCGAGACCAAGGCCGCCGCUCAGCAGCAGCAGAUGCAGCAGCUGCAGGCCGAGCUCGAGCAGGCGCACACCGACCAGUCUUCGCUGCAGGCCGAGCUCGAGCAGGCGCACACCGACCAGGCUUCGCUGCAGGCCGAGCUCGAGCAGGCACGGGCUGACGCCGCACUCGGCGGCGAGGCCGCCACGCAGCUGGCGCAGGCACGGGCCGAGUAUGUGACGCUCGAGACCAAGGCCGCCGCCCAGCAGCAGCAGAUGCAGCAGCUGCAGGCCGAGCUCGAGCAGGCGCACACCGACCAGUCUUCGCUGCAGGCCGAGCUCGAGCAGGCGCACACCGACCAGGCUUCGCUGCAGGCCGAGCUCGAGCAGGCACGGGCUGACGCCGCACUCGGCGGCGAGGCCGCCACGCAGCUGGCGCAGGCACGAGCCGAGUAUGUGACGCUCGAGACCAAGGCCGCCACACAGCAGCAGCAGCUGCAGCAGCUGCAGGCCGAGCUCGAGCAGGCGCAGACAGCCGAGUCUUCGUUGCGAGCUGAGCUUGCGCAACUACGCGCAGACCACGCGACCGUUGCGGCCGAGGCCAAGUCGUGUCAUGAUCGAGUGGCGCAGCUGCAGACCGAGCUGGACCAAGCUCUCACCGGCCGCGCUUCGCUUGUAGGCGAGCUGGAGCGGGCCCACACCCAGCUCCAGGGUGCCGAGGACGAGCUCGCGAGCGUCAGAUCCCAGCUCUCUAGCCUCCAAGGCGCCCACUCUGACCAUGUUGCCAAGCUCGAGGCGCAGAUUGCUGCCGCCCGCUCUGAUGCAUCGGCCGCGGCCGCUGAGAUUAAUCGUGCUCGCGAGGCCGAGCAUGCCAGCUCGGCCCGCACCGCCGAGCUAGAGGCCACGCUCGCCGUGCUGCGGACCGACGACGCACACCGCAGCGGUGACAUCGCCCUCGCUCGUAAGGAGCUGGCGCGUGCCCAGAGCGAGCUCGCCGAGACCAAAGCCCGUCUCGACAGCGCAUACACCGAGGCCAAGGCCCGCUCUCCAGACCUUGCCUCGGCACUUCGUGACUGUCACAAGGCCCAGGCCCAGGUCACAGCCCUCCAGCGGACGCUCGCUGCCAAGAACGCCCGCAUCGCUGCACUCGAACAGUCGGUCGGCCCUGCUGCUGCCGACGCCGCUACGUUGCAUAACCUUCUCACCACCAACGCCAAGCUCGAAACCCAGCUUGCCACCGAGACCGCGCUCAAAGCCAAGAUGGCUGCUGACAAGCACCGAGUCGCUUCACGUCUCGAGUCACUCCUCAGUGUCCUCCGUGCUCAUCACCAAUGCCUCGACGCCGAACUCGCCUCCACAACCCCCCACGCGUAA